AUGCCGUCCCAGGCAGACUUUGAGAAGGUACAUAAUACUCUGGACCGGCAUAUUGAAGCCGGAAACCCUCACACAGGCUGGGAAGAGCUGUGGGCCGAAGGCGAUAACAUCGUCCUGCCCUGGGACAAGCGAACCCCCAACCCCUCACUCGAAGAAGUCCUAACUGCCAAGCGGGAUGUCAUUGGCGGUCCUCUGCAUACAAGUAUCAUCGACGGCAACCCUAAGCGAAAGAAAGCCUUAGUUCCCGGGUGUGGAAGAGGUGUUGACGUCCUCCUCCUCGCGAGCUUCGGGUAUGAUGCUUACGGAUUGGAGUACAGCAAGAGUGCGAUUGAGGAGUGUAAGAGGGAAGAAAAGGGCGCCGAGGAAAAGUAUCCCGUCAGAGACGCGAGUGUUGGUAGAGGCAAAGUGACCUGGAUUCAAGGAGACUUCUUCGCGAGUGACUGGGUGGAGGGACUGGGAGGGAAUCAGUUCGACCUUAUUUACGACUACACUUUCUUCUGUGCAUUGCCGCGCUCGCUGCGUCCGUCUUGGGCUCUACGAUAUACGCAGCUGCUGGCGCCUUCGCCGCAGGGGAAUCUCGUCUGUCUUGAGUUCCCCCGGCACAAGGAUCCCUCGCUUCCCGGUCCGCCUCAUGCCUCGCCGUCAGCGGCGUACAUGGAGCAUCUCAGUCAUCCUGGGGAAGAGAUCAAAUAUGACCCUAAGGGAAACUGUAAAAGUGAUCCGCUCCGCGAAACGAGUGAAAACGGUCUGGAACGUGUGGCGUACUGGAAGCCAGCGAAAACGCAUGAUUUCGGGACUAGCAAAGAGGGCGAGGUGUUGGAUAUGGUUUCUAUCUGGAGGCGUCGAUAG